AUGGAGUCCAGCGAAACCCACAAGUCGUCGCAAGAGCCGCGAAAAGUGCUGCGGACACCAAGAAAGCUCCCUGUGACAGACAGCAAGGGCGUCUUGAAGCAAGCAAUCUUCGCUCGCGGAGGGGAGAAGUUGCAAGAGGAGAUAGAGCUACAGGAAGAACAGCAGCGACGGGACGACGAGCAACGUGCGUUUAGCGAGAUGCUAGCGCGCAAUAACGAAGAUUAG